AUGCCACGUAAUAGCAGUACGAGCGGGGAGCUCCGUGGAUUCAGUCGGCCGCCGUGUAAUGGCCCGAUUUGCUCAGACGCCGGUGCCAGCAGCGAUGCCCCAGAGCCACAAUAUGCAGCCACGUCUGGAGAGUCGUCGCCCUCGUCAUGCUCGGCCACAUCUAGUACUUCGCUGCCUCAGCCAUCAGGCGAAUUCACGACAGCCAACUUGACGGAAGCGACGGUGGUGCAGACAGGCAGCCUUGUGUUUGGGGAGCGGCAGCGCAAGUGGGGUCGUCCGCUGGGUAGCACCGAGGAGUCCAAAGCCCAGAGGCCUGCACAGCAGAUUGCAGCUGCCCAGCAAGCAGCAGCUGCUCAGCAGCUUCAGCAGUCGCCACAGCAACAGCAACCUCUGCGUCUGCUGCAGGCCAAUACCGAAGGAUUUUCUGCCCCACCAUCAUCACGGCCCAAUAGCAACCCAUUAUCAAGUUUCAGCAGUACCUUUGCCAACCUAGUACGCAGCAGUCGCCAUGGCGAGAAGAGGACAAAGGCCAAACGGCCCUCUCCAUCCCAGGGUGGCAGCCGCAGGACAUCGCCGUCGAGCAGUGGAGAGCGUGAGACCACCAAAAAUGGCAGCGCAGGCGCCAAUAGCAAGAGCAGCGCCGCCGUGUUCCCGAGGCUUCGCAAGAAGGCGAUGCUGUCGCCCUCUGCCCAACCGGCGGCCGCCGACGGAGCCACAAACGGCCUGCCCCUGGUGUUGGGAAGUCAGAAUAUUGACCACACAUAUUACAGAGAGCUGACCCCGGUUUGGGAAGAAGAAAGCCAAUCUGCAUCAGCUCAUUCUGUGCUUAGGCAGCCUGCAUUCGUCGAUUUUGACGAUAACACCUUGGAUGGUUGUGAAUUUAGACGCAAGACGCUGCAGGCUUCUGAGGACCAUGGGGAAAAAAGUGGGGGAGUAUCAUCGCCCCAAGAAGGCUGGGCAUCAACGUGUCAAGUAGGGUCACCUCGCAUGAACUUGCCUUGGAGUCCCACAUGGCCCGAAUUGGCAGCUACACAAAGCUUGAUUCUGCAGAACUUGGAGCACCUGCUUGGAGACCCACGAGCAGCUGCUGAUCCCACAGACCCUGGAGCAGCUGGCUUUCUGAUGAGGCAGACCCAGAACGUUAACAUUUCAUCAUUGUUGUCGUGUCUCCAUGAGCUGCGCUCGGAGAACAUAAAGUUGGAGGCUCGAAUCAGUUACCUGCAAGCACGCCGGGACCAACUGCUGGCUGUCAACGCACAACUGAUGGGCCCCCUCCGAGAAGCACCCAUGUCCAACUCUCCCAUGCCUCUCGUGUCCCAUGCUUCUGCUUCAGAUGUGAAUGCGGCAGUAGCUGUGAACUUCAGCACGAGGACAAACUUUCCCACAUCUUUUGCAAGCUCUUCUACAGACAAGAACCCUGAUGUGGCACUGGGGAUCCCCCUUGGCUUUCCCUCCUCGGCCCAGCCAGCCACUGACCACCAGCCACACCAGGGAAAUGAGUUGAGUGCAACACCACAGCACGGCUUGUCUGGCCAGACAGCGAUGGGGCACCAAGAAGGAGUUCGCUCUGCUGAACACUCAUUGCAUCGAGUCUCCACUCUGUCAAUCUCUCGCCAGUCGAGCUAUAACUAG